ACGGGGGUGUGUGCUGAGGCGGGCGGCGGGGCGGACGACGGCGGCGGUCGCCCCCCGCGCUCGAAUUAUCGGAAAUCCAUCGCUCGUGUGUGCGGCACGCUGUCGUCCUUCGUCAUCGUGUAUGAGCUGCACAACAAUUCCACUGGCUAAGUUGGACACUCUAAGCCGACGUCUUCAAGAAAGCGUUCAACUCCGCACGCACAAGUACUUCCGGGUAGCCGUACCACAAGCGCUCACCGGGCAAUCGUUAGUCGCCCUUGUCGGAGAGAAGGGUUGCGCCGAAGAUGAAGCCGAAGCCGUGCAUCUUGCCACCAUUCUGCUCCAACAUGGAUACCUAUUCCCGGUGAUCGAACCAUCCACAACUGUACGUGAUGAUGGAACUCUUUAUCGACUUCAACGUCCGUAUUUCUGGCCGUCACACGCCACGCAAACGGAUAAUGUAGAAUACGCUAUCUACCUCAACAAACGUUUACUCAGGAAUGAACAAAAGCACGGGCUAGAAGAAGAUGAAGCCGAGUCUUAUAAUAGGUUUGCCGAGUUAUUAGGCCAUAUGUGGGGAUUUAUUACACAACAAGCGGAAAUGCAAUUGAAGCAACAAAAAGAAAAGAAGAAAGCGGAUAAGGUAGUUUACGACUCAGAAGAACGUGCAUUUUGGAGGCUUCGACGACCAUGUCAUCCAGAUUUUCUUGAACAACAUGUUCAAAAAGUGGAUCGGAGGUUACGAAAAGCCACUGCGCAGGGAUAUCGCAAUCUAGUGGAACGACUCAAAUUUUCUUUGAAAACGAAACCGUGGUUGAAGGCUUUGAAGGCAUCGGACACUAUGGUACAAUGGGUAGACGAACGGGUAGACUACGAUCCUUUCCUUACCGUUCCACAGCCAUCAAAUCCUUGGAUUACGGAUGAUACGAAUCUGUGGACGCUAAAUACCGAUACGGUAGAAGUGCCCACGGAAAGAAGAGUGAAACGUUGGGGACUAUCUGUGCAAGAACUUGUGAAGGAUCCUAUCGGACGCCAGGUACUCGAAACGUUCCUCGAAUCUGAGUUUUCUUCGGAGAACAUCCGCUUCUGGAUAGCCAUCCAAGACCUAAAGUAUUCUCCAAACGAUCAGAUUGACCAGAAAACCGAACGCAUCUAUGAGGAGUUCUUAGCACCAGGAGCACCUGCACAGGUUAACGUCGACUCUCGAACACUGGAUCAAACCUUAGAUUGUCUACAAAAGGCGACAAAUACCACGAUGCGACGUCAUGCUUUCACGCAUUCAGAAGAGCACGUUUUCACACUAAUGGCUAAGGAUUCUUAUCCGAGAUUUGUCCGAUCACAGAUUUAUAAGGGUGUCUUGUCAGCCGCGCAACAACAAGGCUCAAGGCGAUUAGGAUGGCGAAAUUUCAUUUUCAAUAUGGGAGCAGCGAAGAAGCCGCAGUCAAAACCAGCGAAACGAGACGAGCUGCACUCACAAAAUCUGCCAAAGCAGCUCAGCUCGGAUUCGCUGCCAGUACGGACGGCACAUGCCAUUAGGCCGGAGGCCACCACUGCGGAAUAGCUGCAUCCGCCUUUUCUCAUUGGCCAAUUCGGAACACGAGGCGAAUGAUGGCGAUCUGGACGAUCGAGUUGUCAACGAGCCGAGUACGAUUGUUCGUUCCGAGCGCUUUCCCGUCGACGAAGAUGGUUCGCGCUCCAACGUUCGUCAUCUCGAACUGUCCUGUGGAUGGAUCUCGAGCUAUCACAGCUUGCUUUCGGGAGACUUUUUCUGCGGGGCCCUCGAGUGCGAGGUCGAGAUCCACGGGGUCACGGGGAGUACUGCGACCGAGCACAACUCGGUCUGUCCUUACGAGGUAUCGAACGACUCGACCACGCAGCGUGGCGCGGACGUCAGUUGCUGGGCUGCAGAUGCCCGUGACGGGUUGCACGACAACUCGCGCGUACUCCUGCUCGCGGGCGUCGCACGCGGCCGCUGCGUUCAGCGCGCGCGUCUCGUCGAAGUUCACUCUUCCGGUGAGGUCGUACGUACGCUCCAGUAGUUCCCAGUCGAUCGUCGCCGACUGCGGUCCCGGCGUCAAUAUGCCAUACCUGCAAGUUAGAACUGUGAGCUCGAUAAAGACAACUCAAUCAUUCCCCUUCGCCAUGUCUUAGUUGUUCCACACAUUUGUGCCGCCUUUCUAUAUGUUGAUCUGGUACAAGACGUGAUAAAAUGAAAAUUUCGACAAGUUAGAUAAAAAAUCGCUUGCUGCAUUAUUUGUGAUAAGAUUUAGACUUCCUGGUCAGUGAGAGCGAAUAAUAAAAGAUAAUUUGAUUUCUGGAAAGAAC